CGCAGCCUCCAGAAAGGGGAAGAUUUGCAUAGAGACCUCCCACCCAGAGAAUAAGGGUGACUUAAGAAAGGUUGGUGGGCUCAGGCCUGGCUGUGGGGCUCAGGAAGCAGAGUCUAAGAACAUCUCCACCAUGGCCUGGGCUCCGUUCUUCCUCAUCAUCCUAGCUCACUGCACAGAGUCUUGGUCUGAGGUUGUGCUGACUCAGCCUCGCUCUGUAUCAGAGUCACUGGGACAGAAGGCCACCAUGUCCUGUACCCGCAGCAGCGGCAACAUUGGAAGCAGCUAUGUGUACUGGUACCAGCAGCGCCCGGGCAGUGCCCCCACCACCAUGAUCUAUGAUGAUGACGAAAGACUCUCUGGGGUACCCGAUGGGUUCUCAGGGUCCAUUGACAGCUCAUCCAACGCUGCCUAUCCGACCCUCUCUGGGCUGCAGCCUGAGGACGAGGCCGACAACUACUGUCAGUCUUAUGACAGCAGCUAUAAGCACACAGUGCUCCAGACCUGUGGGGAAGUGCGAUCAAAACUCCCCAGAGCCUCCCCAUGCUGCGUCUGCCCUCAACCUGCCCCCAUCAGAGAGGGUUGCUCUUUCCUGUUUCCUCCCAGAGUGUUCUUCUUGAGACUGUAUGUUUAUGAGGCCCUCUGUUUUCUUUCCAAACUGCCGCCCCAUGUCCAGAUGGAUGAUUUCCUAGUCCCUUUCCAUCGCUUCAUGGAGGUGACAGUUGCAAACAGGGUUUCUGAACCUCAGCGCUACUGCCCAUGCGGCUGGAUCACUCCCUGUGCCGGCAGCUGUUCUGCACAUUGUAGGAGGUUUAGAAACGUCUUUGGGCUCAGCACAUCAGAUCUUCUCCCUGUCAAGUCAUGA